AUGGCUGAUGUAAAGGCGUGUUCCUUUGCUAUUAAGCAUCAAUUUCGUCAGGUUCAGUUUGAGAUGGAUUGUAGAGAGGUGAUUCGUGGAGUGCAAGGAAAUAUUUCAAGAGGACGGUGGGAGUUGUAUCCUUUCCUCUACAAGAUUAAGGAGCAGCUUGGCCAUCCAAAUUUUAUUGAUGCUAACUGGCCUUGGUGGCCAAGAAAAGGUAAUGUGGUAGUAGAUCACACUGCGACUCUAGCAAGUGCGGGGAUGAGCCCUAUGACUUGGGUCAUCAGACCACCAUCUUCGCUGGUGCAUGUUCUCAACAAUGAUGGCCUUCCUUGCCCCUCUUCUUAG